AUGGAUGCAUCGUUGCUGGAGCGCGCAGCAGCUGUCGGGAGCGUAGAGGCACAGUAUGCCCUGGGCGCCGCGCUGCUCACGGGUUCCAAUGGAGAGCAGGACCUGCCCCGAGCAGCGAGCCUCUUCCGUGCGGCUGCCUUGCAGGGCCAUCCGGCGGCACAGUGCAACCUCGGUGCGAUGUGUGGCCAGGGCCUCGGCACACCGCAGGACAGCGCAGAGGCCAAGAGCUGGUAUGAGAAGUCUGCCGCACAGGGAAACCUGGAUGCACAGUUCAAUCUCGCCGUGGUGCAUCUGACAGGACCCUCGACGGACGCGCAAAGGGCCCGCUCUUUGGCCGCAGAAGCAGCUGCACGUGGCCACGAAAAGGCGAAGGCCUUGCUUGAGAAGUUGAGAACAGUCCCAGAAGCCGAGGGCGUGGCAGUGGGCGUGUCAUCGCCAACGAAGCGGUUGACAGCCGCGCUGUUGGAAACGAAGACUUUGCUGCAGGGAACGCUCUGCCCCGAGCCACGGGCAGAAGCCUUCCUGCAGGAUCUCCUUAAUCAGCUGGAGGAGCUGCGAAGGGAGUUGCAUCACUCCAAGGAUGCAGAGGAGACAGUGAGGAGUCGGCUCCAAGCAGAAAUCGUAGAUUGA